UACAUGCAACCGAGAAUCAGAGAUCGCGACGUUACGUAGUCGCCAUUUUGUUUCACCGGGAGUAAAGAAACCAACCUGAAAAGCACCGGCGUGAAUAUUUUCCUUUAUCAGCAGCACCUUCAACACGGCGGAUCAGCAUCGUGCACCCGAGUUUAGAUUCGCAUGAUGUCUGGAGACAUGGCCACAGAUCAUGUAAACGGGAACGGUACGGAGGAACCGAUGGACACUACGGUGGCGGUGACCCACUCAGAACAUUUCCAGGCUUUACUGGAAGCGGGUUUACCUCAGAAAGUUGCUGAGAAGCUAGAUGAACUUUACGUAGCAGGCUUGGUAGCACAUAGUGACCUAGACGAAAGGGCUAUUGAAGCUUUGAAAGAAUUCAAUGAGGAGGGAGCCCUGCAAGUGCUGGUCCAGUUCAAAGAGAGUGAUCUGUCACACGUGCAAAACAAAAGUGCCUUUCUCUGUGGGGUAAUGAAGACUUACAGGCAGAGGGAGAAACAAGGGACUAAAGUUUCAGAUUCUACUAAAGGACCCGAUGAGGCUAAAAUCAAAGAACUCCUGGACAGAACCAACUACACACUUGACGUAACAACAGGACAGCGAAAGUAUGGCGGCCCCCCGCCCGAGGACGUGUACUCAGGUGCCCAGCCCACGGUUGGAACAGAGAUAUUUGUUGGGAAGAUUCCCCGCGACUUGUUCGAAGACGAGCUGGUUCCUCUCUUUGAGAAGGCCGGACCUAUCUGGGACCUCCGGCUAAUGAUGGACCCCCUGAGCGGCCUGAACAGGGGCUACGCCUUCGUCACGUUCUGCACUAAAGAAGCGGCCCAGGAGGCGGUGAAGCUGUGCAAUAAUCAUGAGAUUCGCCCCGGCAAGCACAUCGGGGUGUGUAUAUCUGUCGCCAACAACAGGCUAUUUGUUGGCUCUAUUCCCAAGAGUAAAACAAAGGAGCAGAUAGUAGAAGAGUUUGCUAAAGUCACAGAGGGCCUCAGUGAUGUCAUACUGUACCAUCAACCCGAUGACAAAAAGAAGAACCGGGGUUUCUGCUUCCUGGAGUAUGAAGAUCACAAAACAGCUGCUCAGGCCCGUCGCCGGCUAAUGAGCGGGAAGGUGAAGGUUUGGGGCAACGUGGUGACAGUGGAGUGGGCCGAUCCCAUUGAAGACCCCGACCCAGAGGUCAUGGCCAAGGUGAAGGUUUUAUUUGUGAGAAACCUCGCCAACGGUGUCACAGAGGAGAUCCUGGAGAAGUCCUUCAGUGAGUUUGGAAACCUGGAGCGAGUUAAGAAACUCAAAGACUAUGCUUUCAUUCACUUUGAAGAGAGGGAUGGUGCAGUGAAGGCAUUAGAAGAAAUGAACGGGAAGGAGCUGGAGGGAGAGCCGAUUGAGAUUGUUUUUGCCAAACCACCAGAUCAGAAGAGGAAGGAACGCAAAGCCCAGAGACAAGCAGCCAAAACACAAAUGUAUGAUGACUAUUACUACUACCCUCCCCCUCCCCACAUGCCUCCACCUGUCAGAGGCCGGGGCAGAGGCGGCAACCGGGGCGGCUACGCGUAUCCCCCCGACUACUAUGGUUAUGAGGACUACUAUGACUAUUAUGGCUAUGACUAUCACAACUACCGCGGCGGCUACGACGACCCGUACUACGGUUAUGACGACUUCCAGGCCCCGAGCCGAGGGCGCGGUGGCAACAGGGGCUCCCGGGGAGGAUCCUCUCCAGCCAGGGGACGCGGCGGCGCCGGUGCACCCAGGGGCAGGUCCAGCUUCUCCCAGCGUGGCGGGCCGGGACCAGGCCGCGGCGGGCGGGGCGCAAGAGGAGGCGUGCAGCCGAGAGGGCGAGGAGGGGUACGUGGUGCGCGGGGUGGCCGCGGUGGAAAUGUAGGAGGAAAGCGCAAAGCUGAUGGGUACAACCAGCCAGAUUCCAAGCGUCGCCAGACCAAUAAUCAGAACUGGGGCUCUCAACCCAUUGCUCAGCAACCGCUCCAAGGUGGUGAUCAUUCUGCAGGAAAAAGGGGUCGAGGCCGGUCCUGAUGUGUCGCUAUGAAGACUGACCCGUGUAUGGCGUUGCACACUGCAGGCUGCCAGUGGAUGGAAUGGUAAGGUCACCUGACUCAGUGGUCCAGUGGUAUUCCAGCCCUUCUUUUAAGGAGCAGAUCUCCUGAAACUGCCACGUUUGAAGAUAAUCAGAAGAGCAAAACUUGAGCUUUUCUUUUCUUUUUCUUUUUUUUUUUUUAAAGCAUUGACUCUUAAGUUAAUAAGUCCCAGCCCCAAAUAUGCCAUUUGAGACCUACUGAGUUUGAGUUCAUGAUGGACAUCCUUCUGGAAAAGUCUUUGCACUUUUUUUUUUUUUUUCUGUUUCAGUUUGGAGUGGUUUAGUGGAACUUGAUGCUACAUAUUUUGUUUUUUGUUUUUAUUUGUUUCUUUGAGUUCUUAGACUACAUCUUUACGAUGGACUAGACAUGAUAAUCUAUGAUUAUCAGGUAGAGUUGAGGUGUGAUCACCCGGCGUUGAAGGUCGGGCAUUCCAGGAAAAUGGUUCUUUGAGAACUAAAGCCACCAAGGGUUUGUUAACUACCUCAGUUUCGAGGACUCACCUGCUCCGUGUCAUUUUGUACUUGAGGAAACUGAGGCAGGGUCACACCCACCCACCCAACCCCCAACUCCUCCCAGCCCCUCCCCCACCCCCACCCCUCCACCUCAGCGAUAUGCACAGGCAACAACGACAGAGCACUUAAUGAAUUGUGGUUCUCAGCUGAGACUUGACGUAGGCUGCUACUGUGGACGUGUAGCCGGUCCUCCUGAAAUGAGCCUGAACAAGCCUUGCUGUCUUUAUCAAUGAACUGAGUGAUGAUGUAGUUGACGGACAGAUAAUUGUUUUUAUAGCUUUUCUUUUUCUUUUUUUUUUGUAAAAUCUUCAAUACCUGGAAACCACAGUCAUCCUUUGUCUUCCACAAUUGGAAAAUUACUUUAAUUUCUUGUUUUGCAAAGUGAUGUCUCAGGCUUGUCUGCUCUGCGCUAACAUCUUGUGUUUGUGCACAACAUGAAUGACCACUGACAUCCAGUGAAGCUGCUUUUUAUUCAGAGUCUCUGAGCAAGUCUGGAAGGAAGUGAAUUCAUUUCCAUGUCGUGAAAGUUUUACGAAUCGGAUUAAACGCAAGUUUUCAUCGCAAAAGCAUGAUUAUCCAUUUCACAUUGUACGUCACUGUAGACUGAUUAUCAUGCUGUAUAUGUGGUCGUGACUAAUUUUCCUGUAAAUUGAUGUCAAGUCACGUCUUUUCAGUGUACUCAUUAUACUGGAGGUCAAGUUGUUAAGAAUUUAAAGGAGCAGAUCCAUCCUGCAACAUUGACACUUGGGGGGGGUAAAAUAAGACUUUAAGGAUGCACCUUGAAUUUGUUUUUUUGGGAGUCUGAAGUGUUCUACAGCCUGUAAGAUACAGCCAGCUUGUCAGUUUUUCAGUGAGGGUUUUCUGUUGUGCAUUUUAGUUAAUAAUUAAUAUUAAAAAAAAAAAAAAUCACCUUGUAUUUGAAACAGUCAGUAUAAAAUGUAAAGGAUCAAUCUGGUGUUAUUCUGUAUUUACCAGCUGCGACAGCGUGGCCGGUAUUGUUUUAUUUUUCAUGUUGUGAGUCUGUGUGUGUCGUCAUGGAGACACCUACUGUAGCAGGAACUACCAGAGAGGUGGUUUUGAUCUAAUCUGUCUGUGGACAGAUUUUGUCACUGCAAUAGUGUCACAACCUGCGAGAUACAGUCAUGAAACUGUACAGUUGUGUGUUAAGAUCAAAGAUGGGCGCGGCCCGCCACACGAGUACUGAUGUAAUAAUGUAGUAAUGGCUUCUGGGUACUCGUUGGUCAAAACAUCAUGUAGAGCCUGGUGUGAGCCAAUCACAAAAUGGUUUCUAAUUUGGUUAUUGUCAAAAAAAAUCAAUAUCAAAAACAAUGUCUGUGACACUCAAAUCAAACCCACUGGAAAACGGCUCACAAAAACUUAAUUUCAUUUUCUAAAAAGGCUCUAAUUUCCUAAAACAGCUGCUCACUGUAGUUUUCCCAUAGGGAAUAUUUGGGGCAGCAGGAAAAAUAAACUUGUGUGUUCAUGUUAAUGAAGGAACAUGUCACCCAGUGCAGCAGUGUGGCUCACUGAUGUGUUUUUAAUAGUUUCAGGAAACAAUGGAGCUCUAUUGUAAAAUACAGAAUAUCACCAGACUGGUCCUUUUUAAAUGAUGUAAAAUAUUUAUUCAUUUGCACCAAUGAUCAGUAAUCACACAAGAGAAGAAUUCAAUUGUACAGAGAUCCGUUUCUGCACCCACAUAAUGUAAUGAAUCCGUGAGAUGGCAGGAGGUAUUCUGGGAAUUGUAGGAAAUCACAGAAUGAAGCAGUUGGAGUUUACUUCAUCACAAAGUGACUCUUGAAAUGAAUUGUACAUCACAGACUUGUGUGGUUUUUAAUGGUGAAACAGUAUCUGAGGUUGGAUUUCUCCUUUAAGCUCUUUUUAAACAUCAUUAGUAGCAGUUAGCAGUUGUUUUGGUUUUUCAUUUCAUUUUAUUUUAUUUUAUUUUAUUUUGUGACGUUUGCCAUGAACCAGUGUCUUGAAUCUGACUCAUGUUUAGCAUCUUCCAGUUCAGGAAAGAUUGUGCAGCUUGUUUUAUUUUUCUCUUCUUACCCAGUUCAUGAAAAACAGCCAGAUUAUGAGUUUUUUUCACACUAGUAUUGACUCUGUUGGAUCACCAAUUUUAAGGGUCAAGAAUGUUUUGUUUUUUUUCUUUUUUCUUUUUUUGCUAACAAGUGUGUUUGCAUUUUUGCAAAUGAAUUGUUUUAUACUGUACAGUGAGGUGAGUUAAACCUAUUUUUCUAAUAAAGUUAUUGACUUUAA